GGAUGCGAGUAUAGCCGGCACCACUUGGGUGAGACUGGCGUUAGUUGGGGCGAGGUAGCCCGUGGGUGUGGUGACUAUCGUUCUCCUUCUCUCUUUACAGCAAGAUGGCCGGUGACGAAGACAAAAAGAAGAAGAAGAAGGCCAAGAAGGGAGAGAAGGAGGAGAAGAAGGAAGAAGCUCCUCCUCCGGAACCUGAGCCGCAGGCGCCAGAGCCGGAGCCGGAGCCGGAGCCCGAGCCAGAGCCACCUUCAACAGGUGAACCACAGGAGGACACCGUCGUCACCUAUUGGGAGGAAGAAGCCCCGGUCGAUGAGGCGCCACCCGCUGAGGGCGGAGCCCCUGCCGCUGAGGGUGAGGCUCCUGCGGAAGGAGAGGAGGCCCUAGAGCCUCCCCCAGCACCCAAGAAGAAGCCCAAGUUCUUCGUGCACUGGAAUAGGCGCAAGCCUCGCUUCUACGACUACAACUGGGACUACGGCGACAACUACUACAGUUCCCUCGUCAAGUACAUGGACAGCAGAGCCGGUGAUUACCCUCGCCGUAUGGCCUUCGCCGAGCGUGGCAUCCGAAGCAACGUGGUCCGCCGCACAGUGCCCGACACCCGCACCGCCUCGCUCCUCGAUGACGUCCGGAGGUCCAUCAGGAACUUCGAGCUGUCGCAGAAGACCUACAUGAAGUAAACCAGCCCGUCCCAACUCCUGCCAACCACCACCAGUUGUACAAGUCAACCAGACCUUAUAGAAAGAGUCAUCUUGUACAAAGUCAUCCACACAAAGUCAUCCAGUGUUGUUAUUUUAUGAUGGGAUCGACAUUACUACAUCCAACUCAUAUAUGCCACAGUUGCAUAAAAGUCAUCCAGACAUAAUACAUCAUCCGUACUAAGUCAUCCAGACAAGUCACCAACAAGUGUUGUGAAGGGACGACCUAUUAUCUGACUGCUACUGCCACACAACACCUCCUGGCACCGGAUUGGUCAUCUCCAGCAUGUCUACGUCACCGAUCGACCAAUCAAGCCAUGUUGCUCUCAAGGAAAAAAGAAGAAAACAUGAAAAAAGAUGAAAAAGGGGAAAAAAACCUUCCCUGAAUACCUCUUGUCUUUCACGUUCAAGACAAAGUUAUGCGUCACCCUCAGGGGCUUCGUCGCCAUAAUGGGAUACCAAGAGCGCCAUGAUUUAUUUACUUUCAUAUUAAGGAAGGACAACGUCAUCAUCAUAAGUUAACAAGAAACAUCUGUUAUCUUCAGUUCUGUGGCUUAUUUCCACUGUUAAUUUUUAAUUAGUAUUAACAUCACUUAUUCUUUAUCUCUCUGUCUCUCUCUGAUCUUUUCUUCUGUGCUCAUUGUUGCUCUGUGUCUGUACCCUCUGAAACUGUGUACUCCUGCUGUGUACGUACUCCUGCUGUGUGCGUACUUGUGCGUGUGCGUAACUGUGUUGUAUGCGUACUGUUGUGAGGGUGUGUGUUAGUGCAGGCUCGCCCCCAACUCAGGCUGACCCCCACACCGUCCUGGCGGGGCCAACAAGUAUGUGUCUCGGGAACCCAGCCACCGUCACGUAGUGUUGCUGCGGCAGGCGUGUGUGGGGCGGCCGGAAGCUGUCCUAACCAAGUGGCGGGGGACAUCCUACGGCCAGGGCGCCUCAAACCUGCCUCCUGAAGGACCUGGGCGUAGGUCCGUAGGGCGUGCGUGCCGAGUCCUCAGGUGAAGGGGGCAUCAUCGCCAGUGGUCACAUAGGAUUCCCGCGUCGCAACAAUUAUUUUAUUCUUUUCAUAUCACAGUCUUAUCAUUGUACGACUCGAUCAUUGAUACUGUUGAUGUGUUUCAGAUAUAAGUAAUAAUAAUGAUAACUGGGAGAGAGAGAUAGGACGCCUCUCUCUCUCUCUUUUGAUAAUACUCUCAAAUACUUUAUCUGUAAAGUGAAGGAGAACUUUGAUAAAAAAUAACAACACCUAAAAAAUAUA